AUGGGGGCCAUGGGAACGGGAAAAUUCCGUCUCUCUGUUGACCUUGCCACCCAUUUUCGAGGAGAAAUAAUCAACUCGGAUAAAAUGCAAGUUGACAAGGGACUUGAAAUUGUUACAAACAAGAUCACACACACUGAGAAACACGGUGUACUACACUAUUUGUUAGAUCCUGUGUUAAUGUUCAAAUAUAAGUAUGAGAGUUGCUUUAUUUGGAUUGAUGUUGAGCAAUCAGUCUUGAACCGUAGAGUUGACAAGAGGGUUGAUCAAAUGGUCAAAGCAGGGCUAGUGGAUGAGGUGAGACAGAUUUUCAUUCCAGAUGCAGAUUACACCAAAGGGAUACGACGGUCCAUCAGUAUCCUUGAAAUGGAUAGAUAUUUAAGAGAAGAAACAAAUAUAGACGGAGAUGAUGAAUCAAAGCAGAUGAUUCUUCAAGCUUCAAUUUCAAGUGUCAAGCGUAAUACUCUUAUGUUAAUUUGUAGCCAAUUUGACAAGAUUCAACGAUUAAUAAGCGAGAAAAUGUGGUCAGUGCAUAAUAUUAUUGCUACGGACGUUUUCAAAGAAGAUAGAGAAGAAGAUCUUGACGACUCAAGGACGAAUAUUGUUUUGCAACCAGCCUAG